AUGGAUAUGAACCAGGUUGGGGAAAUAAAGGAGAAAAAGAACUACGAGGCCGCCUUCUCUGCGGCGACCCUCCUGACGGGCUUCCUGACGGGCUUCCUGGCGGCGGCGGCGGCGCGGGCGGACGCUGAGGGUGCCUCGGGUCGUCCUCGCGAGGGGGUCGAACGGACGGUCUACGCGCCGCCGGGCGCGAGUGGCUACGGCUUCGAGUACAGCGUGGUGGACUCGACGGCCUCGUGGAUGCACAGCCGCGGCGAGUGGAGCGACGGCGUGUCCACCCACGGCGCCUACCACGUCCAGCUCCCCGACGGCCGCGUCCAGAGGGUCUCGUACACAGCCGACGAACACGGCUUCCGGCCUGUGAUCACGUACGAGGAGCCUCACGGGUACGCGGGCGGCUUCGGCUGGAAGGUCGGCGGCGGGAGCGGACUCGGCAAGGACGUCCUCGAGGUGGAUGGACUUGGAGCGAAGGAGGAGAACGGGCUCGGAGGGCGUCCUCACCCCGGGAAGGAUCAGGUGGACGUGGAGAGUCGUGAUGUGGAUGAGGGUCACGGAGGGGACAUCCAUCCGGGGGAGGUCUACCCAGGACAUGGGCGCGGGGGGCGGGGGCAUCCCAGGAGCGACUUCGUUCCCGUGAUCUAUCGCCAGAGUUACGAGCCCUACUCCCCGUACCACGACCCACCCUACUACGGAUCGGAGCCACGUCGGACCUACCCGUCGUACCGCGAGUCGCCGCACGCCAAGGUGACUCACCACGGUUCGCCGAGGGGGUUCCCAAACCACGUCGGUUCCCCACACCACCCCCGCCCCGCUCAUGACGACCCGCGCCACCACGUCAUGCACACGACUCUGAAACCGCGGACUUACCACAUCAACAAAACCCCGGCCGUCGGGACCAGGAAGCCGACCAACGGGCACAGCAAGUCUCACAGGCUGCUGACGAAGGAAGACAAGACGCCGAAAGGAGAGAUGGCGGGCGGACAUGACCCCAUGGAGGCGCAUGACAUGAGGGAAGAGGGUCAUGAGGUGCUGACGACGCUGGCACCGAGGCUCUCCAUGAACGACCCGAUUUACCGCCACGACUAUUCCCCGAUGUCCGACCACGACGAGAGAGAGGGUGGGGGAGAGGAGAGCGGUGAGGGAGACGGCGAAGAGAGUGAGGAAGAGGAAGAAGAAGAAGAAGGAGAGGAAGAUGAGAUGAAGAAUAUGGAAGACGAAGGGAUGGAAGAAGAGGAAGGCCCCACGACGACCCCAAAGUUCGUCCGUCCGACUUACCUUCAAAACGCCCUCACUCCACACCCUCCUACCGACACCCAUCCCCAGCACCCUACGGCCCCCACUCCCCUACCCCCACCUGCUCCCCAUUACCCCCCUCCCCCUCCUCCUCACCACCACCACAUGUACCCUUCUCCUCACACUUACCACCCAUCGGCACCGUCGCCUCAUCACCUCACACACGCUCUCCCCGCUGCAUCCUAUCCUUAUCCUUAUCCCCCUCCUCAUAAUCCUCAUUCGUAUCCUCUCCCUACAUCCCCUUCUCCUCCUCUUUCUCCUCUCCCUCCUUCCCAUCCUGCCCCCUCCUCCUUGCUGAGUGCCCCCCCCCUCCUUCCUCCCCCUCUGCACGGAAAGCCUUGUAAGAUGAUGGCAAGAUGAUAUCAAGAAAGAUUAUUGGGGUAUAAUCUCUCUCUCUCUCUCUCUCUCUCUCUCUCUCUCUCUCUCUCUCUCUC